CGUACCGAGCUCUGCAUUUCCCAGUCGAGAGAGCCGCGGUUCGCGCGUGUGACUCUCUUUGCAGUCUCAACGAAGCGAAGGACGCGCUGUUCCAAGAUCGUCUACGCGAAAAUCACCGCUGGCCCGUCGCGUCUUUGACGAGGUAACGCGACGUCACGAGUUCAUUGAAAAAGAGCAAUGUAAUCGAGAAGGCUUAUCCCUCCAAUCAUACGGCACGUAACAAUGACCACAACGAAACGAGAGUCUGUCGCGGAAACAUCGCCGAAAGCGGGAUGGAUGCAAUCGGCAGUGGAGAAAGGAGCGCGAACUUGGAUCGGUCAAGCCAUCUUGAGACAGUUGGACACCUUUCUGUGGGUCGUAGAGAAGUCCGCGGAAUGGAGUUUACCUCGGAACGAAGACGAAAGCGAGGAAUCCAGGGACCUUGUGAGACCGCUACCGUGGAUGUUAUUCUUGCCAACCUUGCUGUUUUUACGUAUGAUCAGAGCGAGCCUGAAUAUGGGUGCACUGAUGUUGGGCUUCCCUCGAGUCUCCUCGACCUCAAUGGUGAGAUUCGCGCAGAAGAGUCGCUACCGUUUGGCAACCGUCGGUAAGACGAGCAGAUCGUCCAAGAAAAUGCGAGACGCACAGGACAAGAGAUUGUCGAUGAACCAGGCCAAGAAGGCCCUCAUCAGAUCCAUUCGCCUGACCUUGUCGACUCUAUCCUGCCUGGACGGAUCCAAACCCUCCCUGUCACCGCCGCCCACCAGAAUUCACAUUAGUGCCCUCGAUGCAGCGACGGGGGAAAAAUCAACGACGGGAUCGAGCGUUACUCCUAAGGAGAAGAUGAGAGAGGAGCUGACGAAAUUCGCGAGCCAAUCCGACGUUUUCACCGAGCCGGGGAGGAACGACCAACUCGAGUGUAAUUCUCACGAUGAAACAAAGACGGAACAGAGCUACGACGGGCAAAACGAAGAUGGACAGAGCGACGAGGGAAAGCAGAAGAAACAUAAGGUCGAGUGUGAUCAGCAGGAUGAUGACGGCGAGGUGAUCGAGCAGACUGUCAACGAUUCUCCGGAGAAAACGCCCGGCCUCAGUCAGGACAGUGAUAUCCAUUUUUUCUCUCCCGUCGAGUCGAGCGCCUCGAGGUCGAGGAGUUCGAGCGACUCGAGCAUCUCGAACAGUACUCAAUCCGUUCGGAACUCACACCAAAGAAAUAGCCUAAAGACGAACGAAUAUGGCAACGGCGAGGCACGUUUCAUCACGGAACAAACAGAUCGAAAAAUCGACGUAACGAAGAACCGACGCCCCCUUUCGACGGGACGAUCGCUCGAAGAGACCAAUAACGGCAAGCGCGGGACAAGUGCAGGCAAAUAUCACCACUAUCGGGGUAAACGCACGAGUCACGGAAAUCGCAAGAAAAAAUGAUCCAUUGUUUACAGAGAAAGACGAGAGAAAGAUUUUAUUGGCGAUACGCAUAUAAUAUCAUAUCGUGACCGGUUACGCAAUUGUUAGGGAUCGAGAUUACGAUUUGGAAUAAAGAGAUAAAUUUGUUCGCCAUCACGGUCUGAUAGAUAUGGCGGCUAUCGAGUCUUUAAAGAGUUGCCAAGUUGUUUCUCGGUUAUUAGUACGAAAGGGAAAUUUUUUCCGAGAUUUUUACGUUAUUCGGGAGGAGUGUCGUCCGAAACGGUCGGUCCAAAGUUCCGCCUUCGUUAUCGCUCGCUCGACCGAUCUAUCUCGCGCCUUUUCUUGAUAAUAAUGUAAUUAUAGUUUGCGAGAUAGAAGGAAGAAAAAAAGGGAGGAAAAGGCGUAUCGGCGAGAGAAUCGCACAUUAUCGCCGUCGAUGUAAUUCGAUUCAUUUGAAAUCUCUUAAUCGACAUUAGGCGGGGCCCCUACGUUAGUCCGGCGGAAACCUGGUGGAAGAGAAAGUGCAUCUAAAUAUCGCGGCGAUACGACCAAAGUACACGAGCAUUAUCGUAUUAUUUAGACUAAACACCGUCGCUUGCGUGACAAUUACGUAAUUCCCCUGUAAUCUUGACCUUGAGUGCGCUGUUUAUUCUUCGAUACGUAAUGCGAUCGCGCGCGAAAAUCGCGAUUAAAAUCCGCGUGUUGUUUUUGAAAAUGCCCGUCGAUUGGAUCUCUCUCUCUCUCUCUCUCUCUCUCUCUCUCUCUCUCUCUUUCUCGCUCUCGAAUUGUGCAAAAUAGUUACUAAUGAUAAUAUCAGUAAUAUUAUUAUUUAUACGAUACCGCGACGCGGUCCGGAAUUAUUGUCGUUCAUUCUGCAUCAUUCGUUCAUCAUCGAUCACCAUCGCGGUAAACUUAGAAAAUAAUCCGCUCGCGCGGACAGAGAGAAAAAAUGACGACUUAUAAUUUAUAUUUCUAUACGCGAUAUUCUCUCUCUCUCUCUUUGUACAAUAUAAAGUUCACGAGAUGAUAAUUGUUUUACUAACGAUUUUACGAUAAAAAUAAAUGAUUUAAUCGUGCCGAUACAAGAGACGUCGUUUCGCAGAUCACCGUAAAAACGCAAGCAAGAACGAUAAAGCGGCCUGAAUCAAUAGUGAUCGAUAACACUCUCUCUCUCUCUCUCUCGUCUUGCAAAUCUCUCUUCUUCGUGCAAAUUUCUGCGUCGCUGAAAAUUAUAUCAAUCCUUUAUGCGUACAAGUCCCACCUACCUUUUUAUAAAAUUAUUAGAGAUACCAGGACGUCCAAUUUUUGCGACGCGCAACAACCGCCCUUAUCGCGCACCGCGAUAACACGAGAUUAGACCCAUAUGUCAUAGACGAUAAACAUGUCACGGUGUCUUGGAAAUUUCACCAACAAGUUGCACCGCGCGGCAACGAUAGGUGUACAUAAGGAAUCAUCGGCGUCGCGAUCGAUCCUUUUAUUCACAAAGGGGAGAUUCUUCACCUGAAAUGACCAGCACGCUAAUUUCAAUCGUUGCCUCGCGGCUUAUCUGCGCGCGAGAAUCAUUGCAUAAAUAAAUACAGAUAGUGAGGGAAACUCUUUAUCAGUGCACUCGUAACCGGGGCUCUGUUCGGUAGCACUUGUCGGUUAAGCCUGGAUACUUCAUCUCGAGGGUCUCUUGUCAUUAACAAAUUGUAAGGUACAACCGACCGUCAAGUAGCAACACUCACAUCGUCCCUUCCGGUUUUCAAAUUUCCCGAUAAACUGCUUUCCCAACGUCUCACCUGAAACUUUUGUGCGAUUAUCCUCGCGAUAGCGAUAAUGAAGAAACUGAAAUUACGCUGCGUCAGCCUUGGCUUGGUAGAAAACUCCUGGUAGAAAAUCCUAACGUAAAUCACUAUCGAUAUCUAUCGAUAUUACACGUGGUAGAGAUACGGCAAUCUGUAAUUUCAUUCUUUUUCCUUCCCUCGCGACACGUCGGAGACAUCCAUUCCGGAUGAGAGAAAUGUGCAUUCUCCGUCAAAAGUAAGCUUUCCCAGCGCUCGGGAGGUUUUCGACGCGCAAAUUUUGAGACUUUGCGCGAUUAGCGAUAUUGCGCAAAGUCAGAGGUGAAGAAAUAUCGAUAAGAGGAGGCAUUUUAUUAUUAUUUUUGAAGCGCGAUUUAAAUAUAUAAAAGGCGAUUAUGCAAGUGCGUGAAUCGACCAAGAUCGAAGAGACUCGAUAAUAUUUCGGUUCCUCCGACACACGUUACGAUUUGCGGUAGUCAAACUAAUCUAUGUAGGCUGUUAUCGCACAGAUAACGUUGCCGGAGCUCCUAUCAGGUAGCCAUAUUUUUGAUACAAUAUAUAGGUGAUCGAUA